GGGGGAGGGAAAUGGCACCUGCCAGUUCCUUUGUUUCUGGAGAAGUCCAAUAGGGGAACACUUGUAAAGCUAAUACUGUCCCUAACUAGCUAUGUGACUUUACAACAACCACUUUCUUCAGCUCACUGGACUUCAAUCUCCUUUUUCUGUAAAACGGAAAAGCACAAUCAAUGAGAUGUUCUCGAAAUAGUUUCCGUGCUGACAUCCCACGUAUAUGACAUUUCAUACUACACAAUAUGCCCUCGCGGAAGAGGGAGGCCCUGUCGUCUGUUCUCUUUUCAUAAAGGCACAGAAGUUAACCUUCAUCUAAGUGACUCAGUGAGUGUAUGGUAGAUAAGAAACAGGUGAUACGUAUCUCUUCGGCCGAUUAUUACUCUGCAGAGCCUGAAGGAAUCUGUGUGUGAUUAUAAGGUCUUGCCCCCCUCCCUUUUUUUUGCACUGUACUUACACAGGAAUAAUAAAUAAAUGAACAAAAGGGAUCCGAGAAGUGCAACCCUUCGAAAAUUGUUCAGACGGAGACCGCCCAAAUGAAAAACACAUGCUAUUUCCCCUCUGCCUGAGCAAUUUGGCAUUCCGCGUACAAGUUCCCAGGAGAGGGGCUGGGCCUCUCCAGGCAGGAACUGGAGCCAGAGGCUUCCCCUGCUACUCGCUGGGAUAGAAGAACAUCGGGAAUGACUUUCAGGGCAGUAGUUCCUGUGGUGCUCGCAGAAGCCACGCGGCUUGGGUGCAAUCAAACUGCGGCCCAGCCUCAUCCCUGCAGGAAUCCAGAUGCAGGCCAAGUACAGCAGCACAAGGGACAUGCUGGAUGACGAUGGGGACACCGUCGUGAGUGUGCAUUCUCGAGCCUCGUCUCCAAGCCAGCAGCCAGAGGCUGGACGCAAAGGGCACCGGCCUCCCUCUUCAGUUUGGCGUCCAGUGGCCCUGACCCUGCUGACUCUGUGUUUGGUGCUGCUGCUUGGCCUGUUGGCCCUGGGGCUUGUGUUUUUCCAGUUCUACCAGCUUUCCAACACUCAGCAAGACAGCAUUUCUAACAAGGAAGAAAGAUUGGCGAAUCUCUCCCGACAGCUGCAGUCUCUCCAGACAAAGAACAGGAAGCUUGCAGAAAUUCUGCAGCGCGUGGCUGAAAAACUGUGUCGUGAGCUUUAUAACAAAACUGGAGAACACAGAUGCAGCCCUUGUCCAGAAAAAUGGAAAUGGCAUGGGGACAAAUGCUACCGAUUCUGUAGAGACAGCAAGAGUUGGCAAGGCUGUGAAUAUUUCUGCAUUGCAGAGAACGCCACCAUGCUGAAGAUAAACACGCAGGAAGUGCUGGAGUUUGCCAUGCCUCAGAGCUACUCUGAGUUUUUCUACUCUUAUUGGACAGGGCUAUCCCGCAAUGGCAGCAGACAGGCGUGGCUAUGGACCGAUGGAACCCCGUACUCCUCUGAACUGUUUGAGAUUAUAAUAGAUUUCACCAGCCUAAGAAGCAGGGACUGUGUGACCAUCCUCAAUGGGAAGGCUUUCUCAAAGGACUGCAAAGAGUUGAGGCGGUGUGCGUGUGAAAGAAGGGCUGCAGCAGUGAAGCUUGAGAGCCUCCAUUAGCCUCUCUGAGCCAUUACGUGGAGGUGAUUGACUCUUCCGCCAUAAAGGUGAUGUCAUGCUCCCUUCAGGGAAAUUGAAGAUCAGAACAAAAGUCAAUUUCUUUAUGGGCACCUGUAAUAAUUUGGUUUCAGUUCCUUUUUUUCUCCUAUUGGAGCCAUGUUUGUACAACAAAGCAGCAAAAUGAUUUGAGCCAAGCAAGGUCAUUGCAAAGGAUAUUCGAGACAUUGGGAAAUGGGAAAAAAGGAGGAAAGGCAGUUUCUCUGACAGGUACAAGAAGCACUUGCCUGUUUCCUGCUCAAGAUCACCAGCAUUUCUGAGCUUAGGUUCAUGCAAAUGUUUAUGAGUCACAAAGAAGUCCUAUCUGCAUACCACCCACCAGUCGCAGACUUUCGUAAAGUUGUAAUCUACCUUCUUGACCUAGAGAUGCUUUCCAGCGUUCUUCCUUCUCAUCAUCUAAUAUCAUCUGCCUUUUUCCAUGUCUUCCUUAAUAUUUGGAGAAGUGAGAAACUUACUGAAGUAGAGGAAAUAAAGGUGUGUAACAUUCUUUACUCCAAAGGUCAAGUAGACCAUAAGAAAUUAGCAGUCACUUUCUAUACAACGUUCUUAAAUACAGAACUAAUUCUUUCUGUUUCUGUUUGCUUCAGUCCGUACUUUUCCCUUCCUACUCUCUCAAUAAAGCCCCCAUCUGCCAUGUCUAGGGCUUGCUUUCCACUGGGAUAACUCUCUUUAUUAGAAUCUUAACUUCUUAUGAACAUACCUCCCCCUGUUCACUUAAGACUCCAACAAUUAUCUCCUUUCCUGAGGAAUUUCUUCCAAGAAAGAAAUAUUCUCAGCUCAGUUUUGUAUCCCAGUUACUGCCCCGAUCCUCCCUUCAGAGAGAUUGAAGACCAGAGCAAAUGUCAGUCUCUUUAUGUGAAUCUAAUCAUGUGAGUCUUUAAUCAGUUCCGAUUUUCUUCCAUUUGAUCCAUGCUUAUGCCUUUCAGGUACUGAAGAUUUAAUAAUAAUAAAUGUAAAUAAUGUGAAAUGUAUGUGAUUUGAGAAUAGAUUUGUGAUUUGGGGAAAUUUUCAGCGUGGAGAUGUUCUUCAAACUAUGAUAGCAACCUGUGUUUUGGUUGUUUGUGCCUUACAGAGAGUUUGUAGGGACUGUACAAGAGUACUGAUUAUUUGAUCACUGGAAGAAGAUAAGUCUUUGAGAGGCACACUGAUUUCAAGAAGGUGAUUUUAGCACUUUCCUGAGAUGAAAUCUUUUGAGGCAAGCUGGUCAUCAACCCAUGGCUAAAGAUAAGUCAGGGAAAUUUUAAUAGGUUGAGUUAUCCAGUCAGGUCCUGGAAAGGGGAAGAGAGACUGUGACAUUUGCACACAUCACUGGUUUGUUGUGUAAGCAUUCCUUUCUCAGGAAGCCAAUAUGCACAAUCAUAACAGGGGUCAUGGUAAAUAACACCAUCACAACCACUGACUAUUGGUUUAUGGAAAAAUCAAUUUUAAGGGUUUAAUGCUAGAAAGGAUCAUCUAUUAUAAAUCUUUAUUUGUCAGCAGUGGAAACUGGGGUGUUUUAGUUUUAUUUUCAGUAAGCAUCUAUCUCAUGGUAAAAUGAUAUUAAAUUAGCAAUCAUGAUAAAGAGAAUAUGUCUGUAUUCAUUUUCAUAAGACUGCAUUACUUAGCAAUCACUACAUGUUGAUUUCUUACUUAUGAGUUAAUUUUCUUUUCAAUUUUCUGUCGAUUCGUCAGGAAAUGUCUUCAGCGUUGAACAAAUUUUGUCUUGAUUUAUUGUGUUGUGCAAAAAUAAAUGCACUUGUGGCCAUAAAAUGAGAUGUUUUAGAUCCCC